GCGGAUCUAUAACGCUGUAUUCCCUGGAACCAAAUAGAGAUCACCAAUGCCACCUAAGUUCUGUUGCCUCUGUGCGUAAAACCUGACCGACGCCAUGAGUGGGAGAGUUGGAGACCUCAGUCCGAAACAGGCAGAAAUAUUAUCUGAGUUUAGGGAGAGAGUUCGGGACAUCCUCCCAGCCCUCCCGGCUCAGCACGACCACUACCUACUCCGCUGGCUCAGAGCUCGUGGUUUUAAUGUAACCAAAUCGGAAGCAAUGAUCAGAAAGCAUGUGGAGUUCAGGAGGAAAAUGAGGGUAGACGGCAUCAUCUCUGAAUGGGACCCCCCCGAGGUCAUUAAGAAGUAUGUCUCUGGCGGUAUGUGUGGCUACGACCGUGAGGGGAGCCCUGUGUGGUAUGACGUCAUCGGGCCCCUGGACCCAAAAGGCCUCCUCCUGUCCGCCACCAAGCAGGACUUCCUGAAGACCAAGAUCAGACACACAGAGAUGCUGCACAGGGAGUGCUGCAGGCAGUCCGAGAAGCUAGGAAAGAACGUGGAGGCCAUCACUCUGAUAUAUGACUGCGAGGGUCUGGGCCUGAAGCACAUAUGGAAGCCAGCUAUCGAGGCGUAUGGAGAGAUCCUCACCAUGUUUGAGGAGAAUUAUCCAGAAGGUCUGAAGAGAGUAUUUCUCAUCAAAGCACCAAUGAUGUUUCCGAUGGCCUAUAACCUGAUCAAACACUUCCUGUGUGAGGAAACCAAGCGAAAGAUCAUGGUCCUGGGAGGCAACUGGCAAGAGGAGUUGCAGAAACACGUCAAUAAAGACCAGCUUCCUGUCAUCUAUGGCGGAUCGCUCACCGACCCGGACGGAGACCCUCGCUGUCGGACCAUGAUCAACUACGGCGGCCCGGUGCCCAAGUCCUACUACGUGCGUGACUCGCUGAAGGUCACCUACGACACCAGCGUCAGCAUCAGCCGGGGCUCGGUGUUCGACCUGGAGUACAACAUCACCGUGCCAGGCAGCGUCCUGAGGUGGCAGUUUGCGAGCGACGGGUCCGACAUCGGCUUCGGCGUGUUCCUCCGGAGCCAGGAGGACGGGGACGGUGGUCAGCGCCAGGUGGUCCCUAGCGAGCGCUACAACGCACACCUGGUCCCAGAGGACCAAUCCCUGCUCUGCCCUCAGCCCGGCACAUACGUGCUGCGCUUUGACAACAGCUACAGUAUCCUGCACUCCAAGCGGGUCAGCUACAACGUGGAGGUCCUCCCCCCGUCAGAGGGUCCGACCCCGGGCCCCUGAGGCCCCCCCGGGCUGGUGCCAGGCUCCAGUGAGGCCCCUCAACAAACCUCCCUCUGAAACAUUUUCAUCUCUGUAUUCAAUACAAUCCAGAUGGAGCGAUAGUCCCAAUCCAAUGUACAGCCCUUAACCACAACGACAGUCUCAUGGGCCUUCACAGGCCCACUCUGUACGACACCCCCUCUUACCCUAAAGGGAAGAGGAAAAUCUCCCCAAAAUCGGAGAGGGAAGAAAGCUUGAGAAGGAGCCGGAUGGGGUACUACCUUCAGUGCUGCUGAUGUAGGAGAGGUAGGAUGAAACAAGCAGAAAUGCAUGUAAGAAGGUUAUUAUAUUACUAUUAUUAUAAUAAUGGUAUUAUUAUUAUGAGAAAAAUUUUCGAAUUGUAAUUGAUUAAAUACAAAUUCAAUUAUGGUGCUAGUCUUUGCACCACACACCAAUAUCAGACAAAGUGUGAUCUCUGUGUGAUCUUAGGAAGAGAUAGAAAAUAUUAUCUGUGUAAUGUAAUAAUUUAGACGGAGUAAAAAAACCACAUGUAUAUAUCAAGCUUUUUUUCAAUAACUUUGUAAUUUUCUUACUCUACAAUCAGAGUUACUAUUUUGCGUUACCAAAAUAUCUAGGAUACAAUAGGAGAGAGAUUUGUUGAAGAGAGAUUUGUUAUAAUGCAAUGGUACAGUUAUUUUUCUUCUAAAAAUAAAUCAAACAAUUAUUAGUAUUAUGGUAACGUUAAAUACUGAAUCAUCAUUACGUCAUCAGUAUUACAUUUUAGAAUUAUUUAAAAAUGUUGGGAGCAUUAAAGUGACUCCUAUUGACUCUUCAAAUAAAAGGAUGCAGUGAAAUCGACCACUAGAGGACGCUGACAGCUAUGGUUAAAUGUAUUUUUUGUGUCAAUGACUUUAUUACAUAAUUGUCUGUCAUUGAAAUGUUGUGACUAUUAAAUAGCCAAUUUUUGAAUACAUAGGUAUACAGUUAAAUAAAAACGAAUAUAACAUG